CUCCAUCUGAGAACAACAUCAUGGUGUGGAACGCGGUCAUAUUCGGGUACGAGAGACGAGAGGAAGCUCUGGGUGUAAAUCAGGAGGAUGAGCUUCCACAAUGAGGAUGAGGAGGAUGAGGAGGGUGAUGAUGGUGGUGAUGAGGAGGAGGAGGAUGAUGGUGGUGAUGAUGAUGAGGAUGAUGAUGAGGAUGAGGAUGAUGAAGAUGAUGAGGAGGAGGAUGGUGAUGAUAAUGAGGAUGAUGAAGAUGAUGAGGAGGAUGGUGAUGGUGAUGAUGAGGAGGAGGAUGAUGAGGAGGAGGAUGGUGAUGGUGAUGAUGAGGAGGAUGGUGAUGAUGAGGAGGAUGAGGAUGAUGAUGAGGAUGAUGGUGAUGAUGAGGAGGAUGGUGAUGAUGAGGAGGAUGAGGAGGAGGAGGAUGAUGAUGAUGGUGAGGAGGAUGGUGAUGAGGAUGGUGAUGAGGAUGAAGAUGAUGAGGAUGGUGAUGAGGAUGAAGAUGAGGAUGAAGAUGAUGGUGAUGAUGAUGGUGAUGAGGAUGAAGAUGAUGGUGAUGAAGAGGAGGAUGAGGAGGAGGAGGAUGAUGAUGGUGGUGAUGAGGAGGAGGAUGAAGAUGAGGAUGGUGUUGAUGGUGGUGAGGAUGAAGAUGAGGAGGAUGGUGAUGAGGAUGAUGAAGAUGAUGAGGAGGAUGGUGAUAAUGAGGAGGAUGAUGAUGAGGAUGAAGAUGAGGAGGGUGAUGAUGGUGGUGAUGAGGAGGAGGAGGAUGAUGGUGGUGAUGAUGAUGAGGAUGAUGAUGAGGAUGAGGAUGAUGAAGAUGAUGAGGAGGAGGAUGGUGAUGAUAAUGAGGAUGAUGAAGAUGAUGAGGAGGAUGGUGAUGGUGAUGAUGAGGAGGAGGAUGAUGAGGAGGAGGAUGGUGAUGGUGAUGAUGAGGAGGAGGAUGAUGAGGAGGAGGAUGAUGAAGAUGAUGAGGAGGAGGAUGGUGAUGAUAAUGAGGAUGAUGAAGAUGAUGAGGAUGAGGAUGAUGAAGAUGAUGAGGAGGAGGAUGGUGAUGAUAAUGAGGAUGAUGAAGAUGAUGAGGAGGAUGGUGAUGGUGAUGAUGAGGAGGAGGAUGAUGAGGAGGAGGAUGGUGAUGGUGAUGAAGAUAAUGAGGAUGAUGAAGAUGUAACUUAUUCAGUUAUAAAUGAAAUACAGGCUCGUACCCGGAGAUACAUUUAUAGAGAGAAGAUUGAUUCGUUAUUAUAUUACGACAUUAAAUACAAAAAUGUAUGUUUUAUUUAUAUUCUUUUAAAACACAGCGCAGGUUCUGCUGCACAGACGUUUGUACAGACGGUGAAGUGAAGACGGUUAGCAAUAAUUAAUAACUAAUAAUAAAUAAAUAAAUAAAUAAAUAAAAUAUUAAUAAAAACGCACAGGUUCAGUGUUAAUGACGUCUCGGAUGGAUAAACUCCGCUCUCGUGAUACUCGGAGUCGAUGUUUUUUAAAGAAUAACAGAUCAUAUUGUUGCCCAAAAUUGAACAGAAAUAAAAGUUUGAGUUUGUUUAUUUAUUUAUUUAUUUAUUUAAUUAGUGUGUUUAUUUAUUUAUUUAACUGCUCACUUCUCUUUAUCUGUUUUUUUUAUUUUUUAAA